AGGCAUGGGUGGCCAGCAGGCGGGAUUUAUUGUGGUGAUGAAUCCCGGAGGUUUCAGUAAUUAUGGCUGUCUCUGGACGAGGGGGGGAACAGGGGGACCCGGCGGAGGCAUUUUAUCUUAAUCACAGCUCAACUCCAUUCAAAUUAAUAUGACAAGUUUCCCCAUCCUUAUUAAAAGCUGCAUCUUAACUGACAGCCCCCCUCCUCCUUUUCCUCCUUUAACGCAUCGUCAUGAAAGAAAUAUCCAAAUUUAUUUUAGUAAAAAGUACUUUAAAAAAAAAAUAAAACAGGCUUCUACAACACACGCAUAUUUCGCGUGGAUAAUUUCCCCCCCGUGGGGCGCCCUGAGCCAUCCAUCCCUUCCUCCCACCUCCCGAGUGUUUCUAUAGUAAUUUCCAGCCAAUGAUCAGUAGGUGUCCACAUCCCUGCUUCCUCACCUCAGCACCAAUCAGCCACACACAGCGACAGGAGACACGGACCGAGCAGAGAGCAGGCAGACACACACAAUACAGCCCCCCGGAUCACGAGGAGCAGAGGAAAAACCUCACCCCCUCUGCCAUUUCUCCCCUCCUCUCCUUUUUCGGCACCUCUUUCCUUUUUUUACGCACUUUCCCACCUUUUUUUCUACCGUCACCAGAAAGUCGAUACAAUGCUUCUUUUGUUUUGAGCGCUCUGACAAACACUCAUAUACACACACAUACACAUAUACACACACACAUAAACACACACAUUCACACACGCGCGCGCGCCUUGCUCUCCUCCUCCGACAGCCUGGCGUUUGUGCGUCUUCUCGCAUCUUUGCGUUAUUUCGCGGUGAUGUUUCGUUACGCGGACGCAGGCUGGUAGCAUCUUGGGAGCUCUUCUCAACAGGAACCUGGUAGGUGAUGUUCACUCUCUCUCUCUCUCCUUCCACUGUGUGUGUGUGUGUGUGCGUGUGUGUCCAUAUUCCCCCCGUCCACUUGCAUGCGUUUUAACCCCCGUAUUCCCGUCCUGAUUCGUGUACAUGUGGCUGCCAAGUGAUCCCAGCAGCGCCAGAUUAAUUUUAUAGGAUUGUGUUUGCACUAUUGCACCGCUCGCUCCUCUUGGGAUAAUCUCUGCAUGACCUUUGAUCUCAAUGUCCAGCACACAGCAGAGUGAGUGUCAUUAAAGGCAUCGUGGUGCAGCAGCUGAGGCACAAUGGUUCGUCAUCAGACGUGCAGGCUCUUUUACUUUUCUCUCUCCCUUCUCUCUUUUUUUUUUUUACCCUCUCUCCUUCCUUCCUUCCUUCCUUCCUUUCUUCUCUCCUCUGCCUGUGUCUCUCUCCAGCUCCAAGUAUUGAACAUUUCUGUCUCUCUAAACUUUGUUUACAGGCUGAGAAAUCAAUGUCCGUGACUUGAUUGCCUUUGGGCUGCGUAUUUCGCUCCAGGGGUGAAUUGAUUAAGUAAUAAUGACCCCGAGGAGGGCUGAUCAUUAAGCCAAGAAGGUUUUGUUUACUGCCGGUCUGCGGGGUGUUGUGGAUGCUACAUCGACAUUGAACCUGCAGAUCUGGAUUGGAGGCUGGUUAGGACGACUCUUGGUUUCACAUUUGUGCGUUUAAAACUUGAAAUAAUUUGAAGAUUGUGACAGAAAUUACAUCAGCUUUACGAGUGCAUGCUCGAUUUGGACUUUGCUCAAAAAAGUGCUGGAGAAACAGAGGAUAUUGAUCCCUUAUUGUCUGAAAAUUUUUGUUAUUUCCAGGUGUAAAUGUUUACCUGCUCUGGCAGGCAGUUUAGUAUUAAGAUGACUUUAAUAACGCCACCCAGUGUGAUCUCCUCACUUCCAUGUGUGCAUAUUCAUAUUCAUUUUUUCCCUGAGACAGCUGCUGGGUUGCACCAUGGAAGUGAUUUGAAAUGCUUUAGUGUUCCAGCAAUGGAUCAGCUCUGGCAAUUAAGAGAGAAAGCCCAGAAAAAGGUAAUGGAAGUAGGGGGAGAUGUGUCUAAUGGGCUUUUAUCUGUGGAAACCAAAUCCAGACAGACUGCUGGAGAAAGAGAGAGGGAGGAAAUGGAACACCCCCCACCACACCAACACACACACACAUACACCUAUACACACACACACACACACACACACACACACACAUACACAUCCCCUCCUGAGGCAGAUGACACCAUCGUUGGUCUGCUCCAUGAUCUCGAUGUAAAUCCACCGGUGGCUAUCUGCGCUGUUAUUGAGUAAAUGUAAUAGAGCUGGCCCUGAAUGAACACCAGGUGCUCCAAAGAGGCCAGACAGAGUCAUGUUUACAUGUAUGGACCACCUUCAGUAUUUUGAUAAGAUGGGGAAAAAAAAGAAGAAAAUAUUUAACUAUGUUCCUCCUGGCACCCAAAGCAGAUUAUUUCUAAGAGCUUAUAUCGCAGGCCUGAGGUAAAAUAUAAACGUCUGUGUUUGUAGCUCCUGCUGCCAUAAUCUGAAUUCUGUUGAGGCUCUCUUCCAACUUUUUUGAAAUAGUGAUAUUUUGAGUUGAAUAUUAGAUUUUUCCUGUCCUGAUGAAACGGCCCCUCAUCUAUUAAAAUGUAUUUAUUCAUUCUGUGAAGUCUCUGAUUGGACUUCCUUCCAAAUAUGUAACAAUACUUUGACAAGACAUCUAAACAAUGUUGAAAAGAGUGGUAUUUUUUGAAGCAUGCUAAUUCCUCUCCCCAUUAAAAUAAUGACAUGUUGGUCUGUCACAGCCAUCAUGUUGUUGUCAUGAGAGGAAGAUCAGCCCUGACUGUUUGUGAUAGUUCCAGUGUAAAACUCAGAGAGUAAACAACGUGCCAGAAGAGCCUUCAAAUGUUCAGCAGGAAAGUUGAAAUCUGAUUGAAAUACCAACAUUUACCUCUUUUAAUGUGUAACUAUUGUUUGUCUUUGUUUUUGUUUUUGUUUUUUUUGCUCUCAGCUCUGGAGAGGAUAAACCAGGAUGGUAACACACUGUUGGUAACCAGACUUCAGAUCCUCAAAGGCCGCUGUAACCUCACGCUCUUCUCCCGAACAUCAGCCACCGCUCCUCCGCCAUGUCUAACAUAAACAAUGCACUUUGCAUCGAGAACGGACAGAACGCAGAUGUUUCGCUCUUACAAAAGGAUAAUCUUCAGGAUGGUGGAUUAAGCCAGCUUUUGGAUUAUAACGCGGAAAUGGAAAGGUACAGAUCUUUUGCAAACUUUUAUAAAACCAAUGGGGCAUUUCCACAGACUGCUAAGAUUGCCCGCAUCACAACGCCCAUUUUUCCCAGUGCUAGAAUUGGCAUGUCCCCGUGGAACUGCGAUAAUGCCAUGCUCUGGGGAAGGAAAUCAGCGGCAAUAAACCCUAAUAGGACCAGCAUGCAUAGAAAUGACUCCCAGAGGCCGGGGAAGCCUGGCGUGCCGCCAGAGACGCUGCAAAUGGCAAAUAAUAAUUUCCUCUCUACCUUAUCCCCCGAACACUGCAGACCUUUAGCAGGAGAAUGCAUGAACAAGCUGAAAUGCGGCGCUGCUGAAGCAGAGAUAAUGAAUCUCCCAGAACGCGUUGGAACUUUUUCCGCUAUCCCGGCUUUAGGGGGCAUCUCAUUACCUCCCGGGGUCAUCGUCAUGACAGCCCUUCACUCCCCCGCAGCCUCAGCAGCCGUUACAGACAGUGCGUUUCAAAUUGCCAAUCUGGCAGACUGCCCACAGAAUAAUUCCUCGGUAUCCAGUGGAAACCCAGCGAAGAAGAAAAGGAAAAGGUGUGGGGUCUGUGCACCCUGCAGGCGGCUAAUCAACUGUGGUGUCUGCAGCAGUUGUCGGAACCGCAAAACGGGCCACCAGAUCUGCAAAUUUAGGAAAUGCGAGGAGCUGAAGAAGAAGCCGGGCUCAUCGCUGGAGGUGAGAACCGGGGCUCUGCUUCCCCUUCUUUUGUUAUUAUCCCCUCGCACUCCAAAGCAUUAACCUUUUCAUCCAGUCACGUUCUAAGCCCUUGAAAAUUGUUUCCAUGCCCACCCAUGCCUGAACAUCCCCCCGGCUUCUCAAAUCUGCCUACCCGCCUAGCCUAAUUGGCAGUAAUUAGGGGUGUUUGUGUGGAGCGCAAGCUGAGCUUGGCUCAGACACCCCUAAUUGCUGCCAGUCAGGCUGGGGCUGGAACGCAUCCGAACAACCCCGAGCUUGGCUCAGCUCCAAGCAGGGCUGGGAAAUGGUUUUCAGCAGAGAGCCAUCCCUCUCUGCACCCGGUCAUUUUAACCAAUUAUGGAAACCGUCUCUAGAUGGGGAGAAUCAAUAUCCCACAAAGCCUCAGCCUCCGACCACCAAGAGAUGCUGAGAGUGAUGGCAGGGCUGCUGAUGGUGUUUCUCAAAACAGCCCCCAAGUUUUUUAUGUGGGGAGGUGGGGGCUGAUCCUAUCCCACUGAUCCUGUAUGAAUUGAUUUUUGCAUAUACACGAGGGCUGAGAUGAAAUCAUUUUAUAUUACAUUUGUGUCAUUAUGGCCAAUUAUGGAUCAAUCUGGAGGGGGCUGUGUUGAGAGGGUGCAGAGGCAGAAAAAGUGUCACUUAGGAGAGAGAAAAACAUCUUAAGCAGUGGCUUAAUUGACAAGUAGCAAGAGGCUUUAUUAGGACACAAUCAGAGGCUGUGUUGUUUUGUAAAGGUUCAUUUUAAUUGAUUUACUUUGUAGCUGCUGUUUGCUUGUGAAGGGCAGAGGCAGAAUAUGAAUGUUAAGUUGCAGAUAUGGUUUUUCUCGUUACUAAGAGUUUGAACUUGCUGUCUGACUUGUACUCAAGCCUCUGCGGAUGAGUCACCAACACAGACAACCUGAGGCCAGAUGAUUUGCUCAUUAAUUAAGUAAUUACACACAGAGGAAAAGAGGUUAAUUAUCAAAUAUUACCUAAUAUGCUCAUGGAAAAAACACGUGUGAGGUUUCUUUUGUCCAACAUGGAUUUCUGACAUCCCUUUGUCUGAUUUUUGUUUGACUCCAGGAGAGGAUUUUUGUAAACGCUCAAUGUGCUGAUAGAGCUUAGAUUUGUUUUCUUUGUAUUUCAUGAUGUAAAUAUCACAUUUGAUGGUUACUGUUUCUCCUGAGUAAUUUGGAUACUGAGGAGGAAUCAGUGUACAAUGAGUAUGCACCUUAAUGAAAAUGUUAAGAUUAUUUCUGACCCUAGUGUUGACCAGCUAACGUAACACAGAUUAUCUCUCCACAGCUGUUAUAAUAAGGUGUCAUGCUCCCAAUAAGCCAGUUCAACAUGGAGGUUUCCUGUUAACUUAAUAUUUAAUAGCCAGAAAUAUGUGAUACGAUAAGGUUUGAUGCAAUAUGUUUCAAUGCAGUACGAUAUGAUUUAGUAUGGUGCGAUCGAUACAAUACAUUAUAAAGUAAUCGAUACGAUACGGUACGAUACGAUACGAUAUGUUACAGUAUGGUACGAUAGGAUAGAACGUUAUAUUAUGAUGCGAUCUAGAUGAUACGGUUUGAAACAGCAGGAAACAAUACUAUAAUACACGAUCCAAUAAGAUAUGACAUGAUAGGAUAUGAUCGAUACCAUAUGGUAUGAUAUAAUGCAGUAUUGUCCAAGAUAAUACAAUGUAUGAUAUUCCAUACUAAUAAGAAUUCACUGAGAUGAAACGAUAGAUUGUUUUAGUCUGUAAAAUAAAUGUUAACUAGGUAUAAAAAAUACACUUCUUUUUAAAAAGGGACAUAUUUAAAAUCAAAUAUAUAUUUCAGUGUUUAUCAGACACCAACAAGUGAAAUUUCUGUCAUGGGAGCACCGGUUUAAGUCUAGUGAGUCAUGCUAGUUUUUAGCAUGCAGGCAUGAAUCACCCACAUGAUGUCAAUGAAAUGGGCAGUAGGUGUCAUGUGGCGCCAUGGCCUAUAUGGGCAGACCUAAGUGUAUCCUCCACCUUUCCUCCUAUCUUAGUGUAAAAAUCUGGAUUAGCAGUUUCUUUCUUUUUGUGUUAUUAAAAUUGGCUGGUGCAUGUUUUGACUUCUUGUCACUGCUGUCUUCUUCUGAAACAUCCCUAUUGGCUGAUUGGCUGCUGUUCACAGUUCCCUCAUUCAUGUCAUUAGUGCCAAUGUGAGGAGUUAUGACGUAGUGUUGUGGUAAAUCAAACUAGCUGUGAAAUUUACCAAGAGGGCUGUAUCAUUAACAUACACAUAUUUGGCUUUAGCAUAUCAAUAAUAGUACUACACACAAACACACACAUUGAUAUUUUGUCCCACCUGUGAUAUACAGUGUUUCCCUUAAAACAAGUCACUUAAAUUGUAAGAUCAGAAAGUAAAUAUUCAAUGUAAACCAACUUUUGCGACAUGUCUGGGCCAAAGUAUGAAAAAAUUCAACUUUCAUAGAAACUCCCUGAGGUUGAAAUUUUGCCUCAAUUUUAAUCGCUUGACAUCCAGUUGUGACAAAUUUCCACAGUAAUCCAGAUUAUUUACAUUUGAUUUAGCAAGAAAAUCUUUUAUGCGUUAACAUUUUAUACUAUGCCUUUUUUUUUUUUUUUACAGAAUGUAAAUACUGAGAAUUGAACCUUGCUGCAGCAGCCUGAUAGAAAGUUCCUAUUGUGCAGAAAGUUUGGGAGAACCAGGGUUUGAAAUGAAGGGGUCACUGGUGGGAUAUAAGUUGUAGGUUGGACAUGUAAACAGCAGAGGUGACAAUCGGAACCUCAUUUAAUACUCACUGAAUAUAACAUGUACCAACAGGUGUCCCAAACAGGUGUCCAGGAAGCUAGCCUCACAUUCAUAAUGCAUGGGUACACUCACUUUUGGAAAACAUCCAUUUGCAAAGACAGAAUUACCCAGGGUGUGAAAAACCCCCCAAAACAAAUCCACACUUGCUUUUAAAAAGCUCCUCCACUGAGUUCAGUAAUUCAAAUGACGGAGCGCUGCUGCUGUAAUUGUUAUUUUUGACUCUGCAUCUGUAAUUACAGGUGCACCUUCUGCUGCGGAAAUGGGUUUGCAGUUUAAAGGCAUCUUAGAGGUGUCAAGUGUUGCUUAUGCUUCCACAAACUUUUUAUGUGAGCUUUAACAGCGAGUUCUUCCUCUGUGGUGAUAAUGGUCGCUCUCGGUUCAGAGGGGGAUUUGAUUGAGAAGCGGGAUGAAUCAGGUCCUCAAGUCAGUUUAGGGGGAGAACUUUUGACUCUUUCUCUCACACACACUCGCACCUCACUCUUACCAAACACCGACAAACAAACAGGCAUGAUCCGUGUGUGCACCUUUUGCCUCGGAAGAAGACGAUAAGCUACUGGCAGCCAGUUAGAUUUGGCUGUCAGUGUUUUCCACAUGGGAAUCACCCUGAACUAAUUAUAUCUUAAGCAGCAGUGGAAAAUGCAAAUCAGAAUUUUACUCACACCCCUGAAAUCGGAGAGCCAAUUUAAUCUAAUACCCCCUUUAAUUUAGCGCGCUAAUGCAAGGCCCUAGAGAAUUGCCCUGUGUCACUGCUGUGCUGUUCUGCAGCAGAUCCUGCUCUCCCUCUCCUUUCCUCUCUCCCUCUCUCUCUCUCCUGCUCUGUGUCUGUGCUGCUCUCAGGCUCCAGGAUGGAUUAGUCUGGCAAAGGAAUCUCAUCUAACCUAACAUUUCCCGAGCAGUUACCUUUGCGUAGCUUGAGCUCCUAUAGCUCAAAGGUCCUUCAUUAACUUUCAAAUGCAAUAUGUGGGCAAGCUGCGUCUUCACCUCUGUUUGCUUUACCUGUUUGCCUCAACUUCACUUUUUUUCCCACAGAGACUUAAUGAAAGGGUCUUACUCUUCCUUAAAUCUGCUGAUAUUUCAGUUGUAUUAAUCAACUUGUGUUGCUCAGUGUGAACAUUGUGGCACUAAAAUCAACCUCAAAUGAUUGUUCUGUCUGUUUUCAGUGUGUGGGCCCUUUAAAUGUUAUGGCCUAAGCUGGAACAUUAUGGAGCAAUUCAACAGAUACUGGUUAUAACUCUAAGUGUGUUCUAUUAAUUUCAUUUAAACUUUUAUUUAACCAGGAGAGAAAAAAAAAAUUGGUGAGAUUAAAAAUCUCUUUUUCAAGAGUGUCCUGGUAAGAUAGGCAGCAGCGCAGUUUACCAAGUUUUUGACAGAAAAUGAGCAGCCAAACAAACAUAAAACAAAGUAAAAGUCUAAUGCACAUUAAAAUACAUGGUAUUGAUUCUAGGUUUCUGUACUAAUCUGACUGAGAGUCAGAAGAAACCAGAACUAAAAUAUACAAAGAACAGUAAAGCUGUGUUUUAGUCAUUCUGGUAUGACCAACCAACACACUCAUACAGCAAACAGUGAUGAGUAUGGGCUUAAUACAAAUGGUGAUGAAUUGAAGAGUCUUGAUAUAAUAUGCAGUGUCUACAGCAUGUAAACUCAAAGAGGAGACCAGCAUAUAUAAGACAUCACCGUAGCCCAGCCUGGACAUUAAGUGACGCCUACCUUUCUGCUGUUAAAGAGGCCAGACUGAAUUCUGACAUCACCCUGAUUUCAGUUUUAGUCUUCUCACCAGCUGAUGUAAAAGACCAAUUUUUAUCAGUUAAAAUACCAAGAUAUUUAUAAUGAGGUACAAACUCCACCCCUGUAACAUGAAAAGGGCAGAUUUAAUAUCUUAGAUUUUAAGCAGCAUGAAAAUUAAGUUUUAAAUCAUUUAAAAAAAGUUUAAGUGGUUUUGAGGGCGGAGAGAAGGUGUAAGACAGCUGUCACUGGGAAAGACCUGCAGUACAUCACAGUGUCGUCAGUGUGAAGUGAAAAUGAGACAUUACAGUUACUGUUUUUGAAUGAAGAAUAAACAGCAGAGGCCCCAACACUGACCUGUGAGGCACUCCUUUGUUAAUUUGAUGGGUUAGUUUUUGCCUAAAGCAGUAAGAGAACUUAAAGACCAAAUAUCAGAGAGAAGUCAGAAAAAAAAAAAAAAAAAAAAAAACGUUAUCUUCGUAUUGUUAUUGCCCUUAAGAUUUGUUCUGGGACAUCUGUGAGGCAUUUGUAAGUCCAGCUGUCUAGGGUCGACUCCAUUCAACUUUGGUUUCCAUCUAACUUUGUUCUUGAGACUAAGAGCACAACGCCAAUAGCAGAGAGGAAUACUGGGCCCUAUAAAGAUACCACAUCUGGCUGCUCUACACCAACCUCAGAUAACCCUACACAAUUGUUUGACCACAAAUCCAUAACUUAAAUGACCCAUUAAAAGAUUUCAAUAAUGACAACCUUUUGUCACCUUUUCUGUAUGAGAGAUCAUUUUUUACAAGAGAGUCAGCAUCUGCAGCAUCCUUGUUUUAUCAUUACCACAACAUGAGCAUUUUCAAUAAAGGUAGCAUAGGUCUUAAUGUAUUUAAAUGAAGUAAAAUGACGAAUGUUUUUUUUAUUUAUUCUGGAAUAACUAUCAUGUUUCAAACCAUUUGGUUAAGUCAAAUGAGCUCAGGCCAGCUCUUAGCUACCCUCCAAAUAGUUGUGCUAACUGCGUGUUAAGAUUAAAUUCAUUCAGUUUUUAGUUUUGGCCUCUAAACACUUUACACUUCAGAAUCAUGUUUGAUUAUUCUCUCAGUUUUAGUUUGACUAUAAAUAAUAUAACUUAGAGAAAAAAACAAAAACAAUAAUUUAAUUUGAGGCCCAUCAAAGGUCCCUUCAUCCGAGUCCUGGGUAGUCAGUCUCACUUUUUUCUCUAACUUUGAUACCCAUGGAUGGUACUACAGGGUUGGUAGAGUUGUAAAAACCUUUAAAGGUCUAGAUCACUGCAGUUGUGAUUAAAAAUCAAAUGAAAUAUUGUCUCUUUGUCAUUACAUGCUAUUAUUGUAUUUAAUAAAUCCAACAAAACCCAUAGCUCUCUGUGGUGAAAGUCUGAAGAAUGUGGAAAAAUAUUUAAGGUCCUCCUCUCUGUGUGCACUUUCAGUCAGACCUAUUCACAGAUUGAAAAGGGUGGGAUUUUUGCUUCCCUUUGGAUGUUGCUUGUGACAGAUCCUCAAUAAGAGCAGUCUUAAAAUCUGAGGUAAAGUUAACUAAUAAAUUUCUCAAGCAUUACCCUCUUUUAUUAGACCAUUUGAUCGCAGAGUGGCAAUACUUGAUAGAGGAACACCCAAGGGGGUGCUAUUUAAUUUGAAGUAUAAAAAAAUGUAGAAAAUGCAUAAAAAGAGGGGAAAAACAAAAAUCCUAUUGAAGACAUUUCUCCUUUCAGCGAACAGAUGUCAAAGUCCAACAUCCAGACCUGAGCAAAAAAAGCAGCAUCCUAUAGUGUAUAUAAGAGGGAGUCCUUUUUCUUUCCCUCCCUCCCGCUGCUCUUUGUGCCGUGCUGAUGCGACUACAUGAAAUGUGUGUGAUGAAAAGGUGGCAUGGCUGCCUGGAAACCUUUGCUAUUGUGAUAAAAGACGAGGCCCCAAAAUGCUAGAAAGCAGGACCUUGAGGAAAAUAACUUGGAUUCAGCCCCUUAAUGAGAGCACGAGAGCCAAAUACGCGACGGCAGCCAGGUCUAAUUUGUUUUAGGUGUGCUCAGAAUAGAUAAGGACGAAUCUGUGGCCUUCACCCCCUCCCCCCAACCUUUGCCUCCCUGGAGAUAACACUGAGUGCUGCCAGCCAAUCUCUGUGGGCAAAGGAGAGGGGGUAAGGAAAUAAAAAAAAUUGAGAAGAAAAAGCCUGAGGGACAGGCGGCCUUUAGAUCUGCAGAUCCCUAAGUUACUGGAUUUAUUCAAGCUUUAAAACUGCAGAUUAAUUUGGUCGCAGAGGUCUGGAAGGGUGUGAAAAAAAAAAGGAAAAAUGAGACCUGAAUGCUGCCACACAUCUCAACCUAAAGGGCAACCUUAAGCUUCUGUCAAGACAAUAGGAUUUUGCCAUCUGAACCACGAUGCAGACCGCUUAAUUAUACACAUCUUCCCUGCAAGCUACCUAAGAGCACAGGCCCCCUUAUUCAUUGUCAUGCCCUUUUUUUUCUCCCUAGACUGGUCGUGCCGUGUGGAUUUUCUGUCAGCUCCCAUUUGCACAGAGUAGCUGUCCUCCUCAGGCCUUUUGCUGCGUUCAGGAAGGCACAACCGCACGGCACUGUUAAAGAAUUCAUCGUUUUUGCCACCGCCACCAAUUAAGGCCAGAGCGUAAUCGGAGGCGUCUGGACGAUGGCCUUACAUUAUGUGGUCUGUCACCUCCUCUAGACCUGUUUGAUUUAACAUCCCUGGUUCAGCGGUGCAAGACAACUCUUUGUCAUUGUCUUUAUUAUGGCGGGAAUAGCGAGAGAGAGACAGUGCGAGGGGGAGACAGGGAUGGGGGUAGGAGGCAGCCCGGCGGAGGGCGGUGGACAGCGUGAAAGAGCAGGUGCGGGGGGACGUUAAUGUGUGGCACUUUAAAUUUUAAACAGAUGAGAAUUAAUAAUUGAUGCCGACUCUGGCUGAGAAGUUAAAAGGUAUCUCGUCAUUACUGGGAGCCUGUAUGAAAAAGUGUGAGAGAAAAGUCGUCAGCCAAUGCAUCAUGGGAUUUCAGUGAGCGCAGACCACCACAACGGGGUCUUUUUGGACCCUGUAAAUAGGAUUUUGAUUGAUUUUGAUUUCUGCCAUAUGCAUGAGCUUUAAUGCAACAGUCGAGCAUGUUUAUACAGAUUUUUAGCACAGUUGUUGCUUUAUGCUGUUAAAUGUUAUGAGGAGAGUGGGAAACUAAGGAUUAAGGGAUGUAACUGUACCAGCAGAAAAGUCGUUUUCAAAAUAGUUUUGAUCAGCGAUAACUUAUUGCAGAGACUUUGUUUUCUCCUGAUACAGGCAAAUUCAGAAUGCCAAGAUGUCUACCCAUCGAAAGAAUAAACAAAGAGCAUGUAGGGUUAAGUAAAAGGUCAAAUAUUUAGCUUCAAAACACCAAAACCAAAAGUUCAUGCCACCUUUUGUUUAACAAAAUACUUUUGUCCCUUGACCUUGCUUUUAUUUUGUUGUGCUACUGUUAAUAUGGAUGUGCACAUUUAGACAGCCAAAUUGCAGUAGAGCUGCCACCUGAUAUGAUUCUUUACUACCUGCCAAACAAGCUCAGGAGACAGACAGAGGCGUAAGAGGAGAGGCGUCUUGUAGCGCAGAGUGAAUUGAUUAAGAAAAUGGAGAUAAAGUUUUGUAUUGUUUGAUUAAACUGGCGUGUGGAUGUUAAAGCUCCUGUGGGGAAAUUUUGGUUUGAGUCAACUUUGGCACCCCCUGUGGACAAAGCAGUCUUUACCUAUCUUGUUCCUUGCAUGUAUAAGCAGCAUCUUUACACAAGAAGAGAUCUCAUCUAGUUCACUUUUCUAUUGUAAAAUGUGUCACUUUUAAUGUGCCGCUCUGGUUUUGAGCAUAAAAAAAAAUGAUGAUUUUUAAAUCAUUACACCUGUCACCGAUGAUCUUGUUUAGUUUUGACCAGGCAUCUCCAAACUAUUCCACAAAGGGCCGGUGUGGCUGCAGGUUUUUCUCCCAACCAACAGCAGCACACCAGACUUGAUUCAUUUCAUCAGCUGAUCUCAGUCUUCAGACAGCUGAUUGGUCAGACUGCGUGCUCUUGAUUGGUUAUAAGAAAAAACUGCAGCCACACCGGCCCUUUGUGAGAAAUAGUUUGGAGAUGCCUGGUUUUGACUAUCGUAAAAAAAUAUCAAUAUGAAUUUCAUGAAGGUCAAAGAACUACUCAGAGGACCUUUAAGUUGCAUGGGGGACUGCAGGCUGUUGCUGCUAGCUCUGCUAAUGUUAGCCACACUCCUCCUACCAACUGUGUGUUCUUGAAGCUGUGUUAAAUAAACUGUAUGAACAGAUUCGACUGCUUUUCAAAGGUUUCCGUCUCUAAAAAAUUGCCAGUAAGUCAGUUUAGUACAACAAGUCUGCUGCGCAUGAGUGCUAAUGUGAAUCAUGAACACACAGUAUUGUAUUAUCAACAGUUAAUACAUUACCUUGUAGUUUCCAGACUUACAAGUUUAUGAUAAAGUACAAGACUUUAACUUUAUGUUACACAGAGAAACAAAAGAGCAUGAUUGAUAUGAAGAUGACUGGCACUGACUGCAACCUGUCACCUCCCAGCAGUCAUACUGGGAGCUUAAAAUAAUCCUCAAACUCGAAGGUUGAUCAGUGACAGACGAGACCUAAAUUAAACCCAAGGUGUAGAUGAUCUGCUCUCUGUGCGAGGAUUUGUAUCACAGCUUAUCUCCACUUGACUUUCAGUCUCUUUGUCCUGCUCAAUCGAACAUUUCAUACAUCAUACAGCCUACCGGUACUUUAUCAGAGCAGAAAAUCAAAUAUUUUCAUCAAUUUAUACCAUCUUUUCCAGGUUGAACCUCUAAUUGUCAACAUGAGAUGUAACACUUGUUUGGUAUGGAUGUUUGGAAGCUCCUCCUCAGUGCCAGAGAUUGUGGCGUUCUCUAGCCCUGACAUUGAAAGUUCAUUUAACCGAAUGUAGUCCUGUGUAGGAUUUUGUAGAAUAGUUGAGGUUUUAGUCUGUUGAAUAUUUCAUUUCAAGUGUUUCUAUCAGACAUCAGAUCAUUCUUUAAGGCAAGCUACAAUAACUAAAGGAAACCUGUGAGAGAUUAUUGGUAUUAAAAUAAUAGUCUACCUUUUUUUGAUUUUGAAGAUUUUAGUGACCCAACCCUGAGGAAGUACAAAGAUGUUACAAAAUUCUUAUAAAUUUCUCAUCUCAUUGCUGCUCUGUAUUAUAUCUCGUCCUUCACAAAGCUUCUUUCAGUGUUCGCAGAGUCUGGUUUGUAAUAGGUUAUCCAUCAAAACUUCUUGUCUCCUUUUAUUCUGUUGACCUUAUCAGCGCACAAUGAUGUGGUUAUAAAAACAGGCCUCUAGUUUCCAGUCCUCUUUGUUGCAGCGAGUUCUGUUACAGAAUUUGGGCUGUGGAAAGUUUAAGGAUCAGCUGCUUCAGAAACAUAUUCAGAUUUUCAAGCUUGGUUGGCAGACAACCAAACUAAGGAACAAACAGUAAAUAAAUGUUGCGCUGAGAGAAGUAUUAUGUGGAUUUGGCACAAGAGAGACUAUAAAAAGUAGGCAAAGUCAAAAGUUUGGUUCAAGCAGCUAUACUUCUUGAGCUGGCAGAAACAUAAUUAAAAAAAAUGACAAAAAACAAUUUGGUUUCAAUGGUCUUUGAAUUUGUGGUGUGACUCCUCUCUCCCUGUCUCUUUGGUAACACACUGUACCCUUUAAAAAAGUUCUUCACGAGCUGCAGCUUGUUUUUUGAGCACAUAUUUAGAUUGUCGCUCAGUCAAUGAGAUGUAAAAAACAUCCUAAUGGUCCUUUAUCGAGUUAACUUGCAUCAUUCCUUGGUACAAUAUUGGGCCGCAGAAUAAAAAUCUAAUCUUUGUUAACCUCAUUUUAGUUUGCAAAACAGAUGAAAUGUAAUAAAGGGGCAAUAGGAUUUUUGUCCGAGGACGCACUAACGACUUUAUAUCUGUAUUUUAAAAGGCAGUAAAUGACAGAUGGCUCUGCGCCAUUCAUCCACGAAAAAGCGAUGUGAAAGUCAAUUUGUGAGUGACGAGUGGUGAUGGGAGGAAUCGGCCAACGUGCUCUAAGCGCCUCAGUUUCUGCAAGUCAAAUCUCGCAUGCUGCCACCUCCUCUAUUGUGGCUCUGCUCUCGUUUUAUGAAUAUUUCAUAGUGAGCAUCUGACACCAUGCCCAGAAAGAUAUUUCAAGGUUUUUUUUUCCCUGAUAGAAACCCCGGGGUUAGAGAGUGUCACAGAGGCGUGAAGUCAGCGUGUGGCCCCCGGGCAGAGGAUGGAUUUAUGAUGCAGGGGUUGAUGACAUCAGGUGGAUAUUUUCAUUCCUGAGCAGAGAGACCCUUUGUCCUCAGCUUGGUGUCACUCCUAAAAAGACCUGUUUUGUCGGCACAAUUGUGUUGAGGAGAUAAAUGAUUUCAAUCUGCUCGCAGUUCAAGCUGUGUUUUGACAAAGUGUGACUGGUUUCCCAUCUGAUCAGUGUGUAUGUGGAGUGACAAAGCAGGGGGGAGUCUGUUGGAUUAGCUCUGUCUUAAAGCAGUCUUUAGCAUGUUUCAUUGCCCACUGGAUGUCCCCUAAUGACAUCACUGCUGUUUUCGUCUUUGUCAAGUUUCCCCUCCUCAAGUUAUUAAGGCUGACUUUAGUAAUUCCUCAUUUUACAGCCCUCGUAUGAAUAUAACCAGAUGACCUUAAUCCCUGUUUUGCUCUUCUUUUGGAAGCACAGUUUUAAUACGCACCUGGAGAGGUGAUCUUGUACUGUUUAUAUGUUUCAGCUGAAUUUAAUUAAAUGAUGAAAUAGUUGAAGGUCUUUUGACCAUGUGACUUCUUGUUCAGGUCAAACAUAGUGGUUUGUUGAUAAAGUUAAGCUUUAUUUCUUUUUUUAUUACAACGGAAAAACAUGAACCAUGAAAAUAAUUUUUGACCUGAAACGAAACAAGUCAUCAGAAAUGUGUGAAACACAAAGGGAACUUUUCUUAUGCUUCCUAUGGAGGACAAGAACAGCCAUGGAUUUUUCCUUUUUUUAUGCACAAGUAUAAUCACUUAUUAUCUCGUUAUCUCGAUAAAAAACGUUUGAAAAAAAAUGUUUUAUUAUCUCAAUAUAACAAGGAUUGUUUUCCCGUGAUAACGAAAAUGGCAUUUAAGCCGACCGGUAACUUUUUAAAGACACCCUCCAGAUUGGGAUAUUUUUGAAAUGCCUCAGCCACCGUUGUCAACUGCAAACCGGGGUUUCCAAUGAAAAUGCCGUAAAUUUGUGCGCAAGCAUAUUACACUUUCAACAUGGGAACAUUUAACAGACAAGCCCAAGCAUAUUACAGAAAAGUAACAAUGGCGGACACAUUAUUAAUUUUUUAGUUUUCUGAAGAAAACGAUUUUUGUCAUGUCAAAUGAGAUAAUUAGUCAUUGUUACGAGAUUUGUUCACUGACUUAAAGAGCUUCAAACAGGGAGGGGCUGCUGGCUCGAGAACUCCAGGUCGGGCUGUCACAACAUCACACUUUCAGCCGACAAUUUCUGUGGCCAUAAAAAUCAGGACACAACCGUUUUGCUACAUUCAUGAAAAACAAUAACAGCAUUAUUAGCCAAGUUGAGGAAAAGCAAGAUCCUACUCGCCACAUCCUACUUUGUCAACUUAAAUAACAGAUGUAUUUGACUUACUUGCAUGCUAUUAUCUAUUACUGUCUUGUAUUCAGGUUGCUUUAUUUUCUACAGAGUAUACUCUAACUCACAACUACAGCAGCAGAGGGAUGUUGGAUGGAGAGACACAGUGAUCAUCUAGAACAAAGUGACACAGAGAGAUUAAAUGACUGAUGAUACAAAGUGUGCGGUCUGAGAAUGACAACCACCUGAAGAUUGUGUAAAAAUAAAUGUGUUACUAAAACAAGAAAAGGAGGUAUGUCUGUCAUAGGUAGAAUGGCCAUCUGUCUUGUUGACUGCUGCUUAUAUAAACACCAGUAAGAAAAGUCGUUCAUUUACGCGCCUGAUUAAACUUUCUGUAAAUUUAACAUGAGAAUUACAUUUUAAAAAGUAUUGAAAACACUGUUAUUUAAUAGAUGUUAAAAACUACAGCCUACCUUGUUCUGUUCAAUGUGUUUUCAUAAUUAUUUUCUCUAUAAGAAACAGUCUCAGAGUCUCGGAAAAGGGGGUCAUCUUACAAUCAGGGUUGUCCUAUAUUCAGGCAAAUAGGGUAAUUAUGUCAUCUUGUCCAACCUCGCUCUAUUAUGGAGAAGCCAGUCUGAGGCAUAAAAAGUGGCCAAAUUUCUCUAAAAUUAACAUGAAUUUAAAACUCAUCUAACCAGCAGACUGUAGAGACAGUCAUUUCAGCUUCCCUGAGCUGUCUGCACUUCUCCUCAGCAUUUGCACUUAUAUCCCUGCAAUGCAAUACGUCUUUCUAAAAUGCAUUUUGGGAUUCACGGAUAACUUCUCAUCCAGAGUUUUUUAUGAGAAUUCUUACUCAGGGAAAUUGUUCUGAAGCUCAAGCUUCCCUCAGCAGGAAACACAGUAACACCCAUGCACACCCGAGUGUCACCAGGUACAGCUACAGUGUGACCUGCUGGCCUCAGAGCAGCCCCACAGAGCAGCUGGAGUUAAGGGCAUUUCUCGGGGGCUCAUCAGUGUUGCUAAUGAGGGCUGGAUCAGCCUAGAAAGUUUAAAAUCUGUCUGAGUUUGUAUUACUCUGAGUCACCAGGAUAUACACUCAAUGCAUUGCACUUGACAGGUGCAAACAUAUUCAAGACGUUUUUGUUUCUCAUGAAUUUCAUGCCAAUUUUUAUUUGACUCAAUUUUCCUUUAAGUGAGAGCAAUUAAAGAUUCAACUGGGGCUGUGUGCAUUCUCUAAGCCUAACCUAAAUAUGAUGUUGAUUUACAGUAAAUAUGCAGAGCUCUGCAUAUAGACCCUCUGAGUUUAAGGGCUCCCACACAGAUGCUGAGAAAUCUGCUCAAAACAAGGAGGCCUGCUCCUACUUUGCAUUUCAAUUUAACAUUUCAGAGAACUGGCAGCACGUUGCCUCGCUUAGCCCUCGCUUCGUUACACCCACAUGGCUUCUCGCCGUGCUUGCUGACGUCUUCCACUGUUCAAAGGGCUGCAACUUGGCGGAGAAAUUGGGGAUUUCCAUACUCGAUCCCUCAGGUGUCUACACACUUAAACGCAUGUCCUGCUUAUCUUUCCCCUCCUCCUCGCUCGCCGACCCUUCUCCCCUGCCCUUCUUCCGUGCUCAAACUGCUCUGAUUUCCCGCCAUCGAGCUCAAUUGACCUUGCCGCUGCAUCUCUUUGUGUUGUCUUUCGCUGAAAUCUCUGCAACACCUGAAAGCCUCUCCACUGUCUCUCAUAAACUCCUCAAAGAGAGUAGGCUUGUAGCAGCCUGUCAUUUACUCAAGUGUAAGGAUACUGAGCUUAUUGAAAUGAAGGCGCUGUUGCACCUACUGUAGCAGACAGGUGAUCUCGGCUGCAGACUGCAGCCUCUGACCCAAGGGUGCUGCCUCAGCUUCAACCUCCAUCUGUGUGGGCAGGGAUUUUCCAAGCAUCACAAAUGGAAGAGACAAGACUUCUUUAAGUCGCUCACUCUUGAGUCAUGAUAUCACCAGGUGUGUGUUUAAGAUUUGAAAUGGGGUAAAUCAAAAAUGACUUAAUUAGUUUUAUUGUGCAGCGUACCACACAAGAAAAUAUGUAUGUUGGAUUUUCAUAGUUAAUUUUGCUUAUGUGAAAUAUUUUUAAAUUUAAUUUUAAUUAAAGGUUGCUCCAAAGAAAAGAUUUUAAAUAGUAAUUCUUGUAAAUAUUUAACCCUAUAGAUGGGUUUCUGUGCAACGUCAUCGCAAGUAUGCGCGCGCAGCCUUGCAUUUCUUAUCUGUUUACUAGCGUAGUCAACGGAGAAAGAAAAUGACAAGAAGCUAUUGUGCUGUAAACUGCACGAGUCGGCAAAACAAACAAUCGGCGCACAUUACGACCCUGCUCCUGAUGUUAGAAACAUCUAAAACAACAUCACAACCUGGUAAAUGGAGUGAAAUUCAUGGAUAUUUCAGCAGAUUUUUCAAUGAAAUGACAUUUUAUCGCAAUUGUGUCAGGGAGAACUUCUAAACAAUACGGCAUCUUUAUUGAUAUCAGUUUACUCCAAAGCAGGCUUUUGCCCCAUGGAAUAUUGAUUGUACACAAGAAACCCGUCUAUACAGGCUCACGUAAUCUAACGCUGUACGGGGUAAAUAUGAUUGCUGUUUUUUUAAUUCGUUGAUUUCCAGAAAGUGUGACAUUGUUGGUUUGUGUGGCUGAAUGGAGGUCAGGGUAAAUGGUUGUGCAUUAAUAUGACAUGAUCUCCACAUAUGAGACUGGGGUUUGUGUGCUGAGUCUCCAGUGUUUUUGAAAUUUAGGCCACUGGGUCAAGGCUGAGGAAGAACUGCAGUUUUGGUAAAUAUUGAAAUCAAGAUAAUCAAGUCCUGUGAACUUUAAGUUUGUGUUCAUUUUGGUGCCCUUUGUAAAAACUCUGCCCUACAACAGUGGUGUCAGGCAUUUAAACUAACUUUUCAGAAAUAGUCAGUCUUGCUGAUGUUGAUUUUUGUAGCUUCAUAGAGAGAUUAGUAUUCAUUUCUUUAUGUUUCAAAUACACUGAAAGUCCCAUAUUAAUUGAAGUACAUACAAAAGGUAAAAGAUUAAAUAAUAGCCACACUUUUUUGAAAGUCUCUUCAUUUACCAUCAAAAGCAAUCAAUAAUAACUCGAUAACUAUGUAGUUAUGAGAAAAUUUAAGAAUAUAUUUAUGUACUACCAACCACGUUAGCUCCUCCUGUUGUGACAAUUAAGAGUAGAGAGGAAUAUUAAAAACAAUGAAACUAUAUUUAUGAACUUUUCUACUUUGAUGGCAACCCUAUCCUCAUACAGGACAUCAUAGUUGCAUUUGUUUGUUUAGUCAAUGAAAACAGCAGUUUUUUCUGUUUAUGUGUGUAUGAGUGUGUGAUAGACUACAGGAAGAGUAACCAAAGCUUAAGCUGCUGCUAAUGGGGGGCCUUAUAAAGAAAGACAGAUAGUUGUUGACAGUAGUAGUGCACGAGCAAAUACUUGAAAAUAUUUGUUUGUUCACAGCCAUGAAUAAAUUUGUAUAUUAGUACUUUUACCAAAAAUGGGGAGGGUUAGGGUACAUAAACUAAAGCUGAAAAACCCAAUAUGAUUUUCCCCCCUUUAGCUUUAUUAACUGAUGCAAUCCUAUCACCACAUGCCUCAGUCAGUGUCUCAACUGUCAAUUAUCUCUUUAAAACUUUUCUAAAGCAUGAAGUUUUCAAAACAUUAUGUCCCUAAUGCAGGAUGUCUGCAAUACAAUCCAAAUCAACAGGUUUCAAUAGAGGUUAUUAGCUAUUAGGACUGGGUGAUAUAUGAUUGUGAUGAAUGAUUGUGAUAAAUUUUAGUUCGAUCAUGGUUAUCAGCUGUGAGCAUAUUUACUCGAUCAAACAUAGUGGAAAUAUGUGUGACAACAGCCAAUCAGAGUUGAGCUUUUCCUGCUCACCUCUGUAAGUUGCCGGGGAAAUAAACUGGUGAAGUAAACAGAAUGACCAAACAUGGAGCUAAAUGCGGAUCUGAGGGCAGCAAAAUAGAUGUCAGUCAUGACUUUGAGUCAUCCUCCGAAGAUGCCAUUGUUGAGAAGAAAAAUUACUUAACGUUGGUUGUGUGGCAGUGGUUCGGGUGUCUCCAAAGUGACGGCGAGCAACAAAGCCGAUGUGCAUGGUAUGUCGGUGGUCGGUGCCUCCACAAACUGGCAACACAACAGAUCUGUUUAAUUAUUCAAAGAAAUACUUCCUGAGUAAUUAUGCGGAAAGCAUGAAAAUUGGAGCGGAGUCUGUUGACGGCACAACUAGCAUUAGCAAUUUAGCCACGACUAGUGGUGCAGCUACCAGACCAAUGCAGCAAUCAAUCGUAUCAUCUACGUUUACAUCAUCUGUGGUUUACAUUUUAAGGCGUCUUCUUUAGCUCUGAGGGGGUGAGUUGUUUAUUUUGGGUCUUGUUACUGCAAAAACACUCAGGACUGUAAACUAGUUCACUGUAUUAUUUAGUAUUUAUCUACAUUUGUUGUAUUAGUGAGUUAAAAGGGUUUUUAUAUUUUUCUAAGUUUAUCUUAUUCAAUUUGCUUUUUUAUUUACUUUGUAUGUUAAUAAAAUGUUGAACUAAUCUCUAGUUUCUUAAGUUUUUUGUACAGAUGCUUUAAAACUGGCAGUUAAAGAAAAUAAAAAAAAUCGUGAUAAUAAUCGAGAUCGGACGAUAUGACAAUAUAUAUCAUGAUCAUUUUUUUUGCCAAAUCGCCCUGGCCUGUUUGCAAUUAUCUCUUUUGGCAGUUUUUCACGUCUUGUUUGGAUGGUUCUAUUGUGAAACGUGUCAAUAUCCGAGGAUUUAUUUUGUUAAAUUUAUAUUGAUUUCACUUGAGGGAUCAAGAUUUGCUUUUCUGUCAGUUUUAUCAAGCAUCUCAGCCUUAAGCCAACCCUAAUCAAUGACGUCAUAAGUCCAGCAGGUGUUUCGCUGCUGGCAGCUGAUUGAAAACAUCUGCUAUGACAUCACUGAUUGGGGCGUGUCCAGAGGUUCGCAGCAGAUCGGCAGCUUUCCAUGGAACGACUCCGUGUUUAUGUUCCCUAUUUCCAAACGUUUGACUGUAGGUGUUUUAGUUUCUAUCACCAUAUAACCGCUUCCUCAUAAAGUGACAUAUUGCUAUGCAGCCCCAGAUAUACUGGCCUCGUUCCAUCUCACUGUCCACUCAAUAGCUCCCUGACUGUUUGAUAGAAAGUGUAUUUUCCGAAGCCACUGAGGCUUGGCCUGUCUUGCUGCAGACCCUCUCGUAUGGAGGGCUGGUAAAAUAUACGUCCUACAGGAAUACUGUGCUGUAAUUACAUUCCCCUAUUAGCAUACGGAGGCUCGGAGUCACACUGCACUCAGCCUCCAGCAGCACUUUGCCAUAUGGUCUGUCUGUGCUUCUCAGGCGAGAUUUGGCAAGACUUCUGCAGAAGGUCAAAUAUCAAGUCAGAGGAGGGUGCCAGAAUUGCAUCUAUGCUAAUUGCUCUCUCUCCUUCCCUCUGCUCUCCCAUCCAUCUCACCCCCUCCCUCUCUCUUUUCCUCUCUCCUUUCCUCUCCUCUCUCACUGAAGUAAGUAAUCUGCUUUAGGAUGUUUCUGAGAUGGAGAUGGAUUUGGUUUUCCUCUGCUGCCCCUCAGCCUAAUCUCCCCCCUGUGACCGCCCGCCCCUCCCAGGCACAGCUCUUGAGCACACCAUCAUACACCCCCCUUCAUAUUCUCCUCCCCCCCUCUGGUUCAUACACGCCUAGUCAGCAAAAAACUCCCAAAUUCCUCAUUACUCACAAACAUCCGCAAUACACUUAGCCUGAUUUGCUCCAAAGGAUGCCUGGUGCUAGGCUGGACCUUGAAUUAAAAGAUUGUAGCUGUAGUUCCGAGCUUGAAUUUCAUCAUGACGAUGGGAGACGUGGUUUCUUUGUCUGUAAAUUGUUGUGCCGAACAUGAUCAGUAGGAAUGGUGCGGAAUAUGCAUGCCAUUUUGUGUAAAAAAAAUAAUAAUAAUUUGAAGAAUCGGCUUAUAGUAAUUGACUCGAUCGGGUAACAUCUCAGAUUUAAAGUCCUCAAUUUAAAACCAAAUAGUCUGAAGAUCAUUUUUGAAAAACUGCUGUGAAAUGACUGCAAAUGUAGACCAUUUACGGAAAAAUCAGUGUCUAUCAUAGGCCACAAAAAAACUGAUGUCCGACUGAAUUUUACAGGUAUAUUACAGACUUGUAAAUGUGUAGCUGAGUGAUAGUAAACAUAGAAAUCGUUUACAGUAAUAUAUUUAAACUUGACAUAGAUUAGAUGAUGUUCUCUGCUUUAAGUAAGAUGAAAUGUUUGCUUUACUUCCACCCUUUUGCUUCUUCAUAGCAGAUGAGAAGUAUGAACUGAGAUAUGUGAUGUUUAUGUAUCUACACACCACGGGCAUUACACUUCCUUUGCUCCAGCUGAAUUCUGCUCAGUCUGAAUGACUGCUGUGUAGAGAUGAGAUGAUUCUUAACCAAAAAACAUAAAAAAAACAUAUUGAAUAUUUGGAAAUUUGAAGAAACUGAGCGCAUUUCGAGUGUGUGUGUUAAAAGAAAGGCCAUGAGUGUUACUCUAUUUAAAGCGGGCGAUGGUAAAGAAAGCCAGAGUAACAUGGACAGUUCCGUUAUAAAGGAACUAUAAUAAUCUGAAAGCAGUUAUUUUUUCUACACUAUGAUUUUUAAAGUUACUAUGAAGUCAAACGAAAGGUGGAUAGUACAAGUUACACUGGAAUAUGACAUUUGUCAGUUCCUGUAAAAUUUCAGUGUAGAUGGACAACUUUUCAGUAUCUUUUUUGUCACCCUCAUUCAAUUAUCAGCUGUACACCAGAAUGAAAUGCAAAGAGGUAUUUUUUUUGUAUUUAUAGAACUAUAUUCUGACUGGUGUACAUUAAUGUAAAUGAACCUUUGGGAGAUAUUGUUGGACAGAAAACACUUCAAAAUUUAAGACAAUUAACAAGCAGAGGGUAUGUGUGUGUGUGAGUCUCAAGGAACUGUUCCCUGGCAGUGGGUCUGUCUAUACCACACAACUAUAAUUCUACCAUGGGCUCAACUACCUCACAGGCAGCAGGCAUGGUGGCAAUAACAGAUGGUACUAGAAAGAUCUACACAUCAGUAUUGAUACUGCACACUGCUGAGUACAGGAGAAAUAUUCAUGCAGGAACACAGUUUGAACAUAUUUUACCUCUGGGACACCCAGAAAUCAGACUGCAUCUUAUAUACUGGUGCGACUUGUAUUCUGGGUUUUUCCAUCUGACAGCUCAAGUACACUUGUCAUCGAGACUGAUCAGGUCAGAUAUUAGUAAAGAACACAAUUUGUUCUUGGAUACAUGGGACCUAAAGCACCAAACAUCCCCCUGAAUUGUUGUAUAAUUCUGACACGGAAAAACCCGAGUAAAAACUGCUCUUCUUUUUUUCAGCACUUUUUGAAAACUCUGCUCUGAUUGGUCAUUUUCAGCAUUCUGUGGUUUGUAAUGUAAAUAACAGACUGUGAAAGAGUGCCCAUGGCAAAUCAGUCAAAGUGGACAGCGUAUCAAUGCAAUAGUCCCUGCUUUAGAUUGAUCCAAUUAUUUUAAAUGUAGAAUCUCGAGUCGAAUCAUUUUCAUCUUUGGUUAGAAAUCAUCUCGUACGGAGGAUAAAAACCCACAUAUGAUUUUUUUUUCUGUUGCAAUGAAUAGUGUGUAUAUGUCAUAGUGCUGUACCUCAUUGCGUUAUUCACUGGCUCAGUUUCAUAAGAAAAAACAGUAUAAAUCAUAAAGAUUAUUUCCUCAUAGUAGUGCUGAUUCCUCUAUUUUCUUCUCUGGAUAUUAUCCCUAAAAUUGAUAAUCUUGUUGAAUGUCUGUCAUGCGUGAGUAAUACGAGUUUUGAGGGAGUCUGUUUGCAGUGUGGUGUUGCAAUGCAGGACUGGAGGCAGUGGCAUGUGGAUGAGUAGAUGAGCGGUCUGUCCGUGAUGGCGGCCUUGGAGAGGUAGCUUUUAUAAACGGCAUUGGGUGGCUGGAAUAUUGGCUACAAGCUUCAAGAUGAGAUUUCAGCCCCCACCCACCAGCGCCGGUAACGGUGCAGGUGAUGGAUUACUCUACCUUCCAGGUUUGAGCUUGGCAACGCCCCAAUAUUCCUGCAGAAUAAAGUGACAGGCAAUAUAUAACACAUCAGUUAAGGCUGACUGCACCGCUGAAACUUCUCCCCCCUCCUCUUCUUCAGACUUGGUGAUCGGCCCUGAGUGUUUGGCUAGCUCCCUAAAUCUUCCUUUACCUUGAAACAGAUGAAACAUUUCUUAUUCAGCACUCUUCUUCUACGCAGCUCCUGUUUUUUCCUACAGUUAAAAAAAAAAAACUCGCAGUUUGUGUCGUUUUCCUACAUAUUGUCAAAAUUUCUCUGAAAUGAUUCCAGUGACUGCUAUCCUAAGGUUUAGAGUUAAGUCUUGUAAAGUUUGCUCGGGGUUGCACAUAAAUUCCACUUUCACUCUUGACAUUAACUAAAAAGUGUUUGUAAUGAUCUUUAAUCCAAUAAAAAAUAAAAAUAAAAACAUCCCAUACGACUAAAGCAGUGUCCACUGCAGAAUGCAUGUAAAGAGAGACACUUGACAUUGUUUUUCCUGUUAUUUAUAUAUAUGAAUAUAUAUUUCAUUCGCUGCCUGUCAGGGCUGCAUCCACAGGAUUGGGACUAUGAAAAGUGGCCUGGUUCCCUGGUCUGUAAGUUAAUAAAUUAUGAGUUUUGUCAGGGUAAUGCACAGGCCAUGUGUUAUAAUGAGCAUUCUGAAACACAUCAGCAACACUCCCACAGGCUUCUGUUCAACCUGCCCACUACCACUGCCUCUCCCAGCAUGCAAUUCCUCCCUCUCUAUCUCCCUACUAUUUAUCUGUCUCUGCCCAGCUUCUAUCUGCUCCAUCUCUACUCUGAUUUUCCUGCCACUACGCAUUUUUCCAGGAAACUGUCUCAUCUUUAACACUUUUUACCUCAGAGACUUUUGAGCAUUCUUCGACAGAGAAACAGAGGGCACAGAGAGCCAGUGUAGUUGGCGGAAAAAUUCCACCAGUAAUUAUGGUAAAUUAAAAGUUUUAUGAUGUUGUGCAUGCCUGUGUGUGUGUGCCUGGAAUAUGUGUGUGUGUAGUGGUAGUGGUGGGGGGUGGAGGGGUGGGGGGCAUCUGUGACAAGGCUGGCUGGGAGCACAGAGCUGAGGGUGAGUGCCAGACAUGUCUCAAGAGAAACCGGGGCACAUUUGCAAUCACCCCGAGUUCAAAAGGGUAAUUUAUUCACAGUCUGUGGUUAAAGCGGGGCUGCUCAGAAUGCCAGUGGGAUUGUGCCGGGAAGCAGAGUAGUAGAGACACAUUAUUUUCAGUUUUUUCUCUCUCCUCCUCUUGUUUUCCUUCCCUCGCUCUCUCUCUCUUUUUCCCUCUCUUGCCUUUUACCCUCUUCAUCGCCUGUUGUUGUUUCUGUGAGCCCUGUGCGGCAUCUUUUAACACACGCCGGCGAGCAUAUUUCACUUUUACACUCAUCCGCAUUGACGUCCCGGUGCUGAUUGAAUUUUGAGGCGCUGCGGCGUCUGCCAUUAUCAUCCUCAUCGUCUUGAGUGGUUUAUCUCUGGCCUCAGCUCGGUGUGACGCCAAGGCUGCAGGGGGAGAGGAGGGGCAGGGGUGGGCUGGGGUUUGCAGACCAGGUUGUUUUGGUUUUUACGAUUUCUUUGGAAGAAAAUAGGGAGGUUUGGUCCUAACCUGGAUGUCUGAGAUAGCUUUGUGGAGGUUUUUGUGUGCGCAUGCAUGUGCCCCUGCAGAAAUCUUUACAAAAAAAACUAUUUUAAGCAUGCCAAUGUCUGCUUUUAGCUAGCAAUGUCUCUCCACAGCAUCGUCUCAAUCAGCUGACGACGUGGCUCCAGCAUUAACUGCACCUGCCAGGUUCAGUUAGGAUCAAAGGGUGUCAUGGCUGCCCAGAGACCUCACACCGCCUCGCCAGAAUCUGCAGAGAAUUAUUCCACCACAUGUCACUUUUACUGUGUCGUUAUCACCCAAAGCCACGGGCAGACACUUAGAAAACACUGCCUGCUGUGGUGGUGUGGUGGGGUUAAUUUGAGGUCUGGAGGAAAAUCUCUUUCCCCUCCUUUCCGUCGGUUCAAUAAUCGGUGGUGUGCAUUCAUUGCCAGAGCGGGAAAUUGUCUCUCCUUGUGUGUGUCGUUGUAGCCAGGUUGUUAUGCAUGCUCUGCUGCAGAGGCUGCCGUGUUGAUGUGAGGCUGAGCUGCUGCCACAGCGUCUUGAUUUGAGGUGAAACCUUGGUGUAACACUAUCAACCCUUUACCGUCUCCCCUCCUCCCUCUCUCCUUGUUUUCCUCCUUCCUUCAUCCCUCUUUGUCUCGCUGCUCUCCCUCUUGUUACUUUUUUCUCCUGUUUUUUCUCCCUCACCCUCCCCUGGUGGUUGAUGGAGUGAUUUUGUAGUUGCAUGCAGGUGGGGGAGCAGACAACGCAGAGCUGUGCUAAUUGAGCCUUCUUUGUGCCUGGUCACUGCAGUGUGCCGAGGCGAGCAGGCCCGGGAGUGAAUCCAAGCAGCACUCAAGAGCCCCGCUGGAUCGAUAACGCAGGAACUUAACAAAACAGAGACAUGCCGAGUGCCCAGAUCAGGGUCAUUAUUGUCUCUGGCGAGCCGCACUUCCACCAGGGACUGAUCAAUGUGAGAAUAUGGAUCAAGAUAAACAUUCUCACUUCCUGUUUGCCUCAGAUCUCAGAGCUUCACGUUCUUGACAGAAAGCUGCACAGCUUUGGGCUGAUAGUCGCUGCAACAACCACUUUUGUUGCACCGUAUGCAAUGCUGAUUUACACAUCAAAUUUAUAACAUUAAACUUAAGCGUACACAUCUCUACUGUGCUGCAUUUUUGUGUCUCAUUAGGGAGAAUAAUGUACAAACAAUCUUUUUGAGGAACAUGUAAAUCAAGAUUAACAAUCUUGCUUCAAGACUCUGGUCAAAUGUGGAGUAGCUUCUUGUAUUUGUGUUUUUACAUCAAUUUCUGUUACCAAAAAUGUCGAUAGCAACACCCAAUAGGGAUGUAAAUCACUAGCUUCUACGUGGUACGAUAUGGUAUUGAUUCUCAGAACAACAACUCAAUAUUUGCUGAUAUCACAAAUCUGGCCAUGAUUCGAUUUCGAUUCGAUUUGAUUUAGAGGCCUGUGAUCGAUAUCACACGAUGUUGUGAACCAUUUUACCACAAUCUGGUACUUUUUAUAUAAAGGGGGAAAAAACACAUUGUUGAUAUGUUUCAAAAGGCCUUCACAUGAAAAACGUUCUUCAACAAAGUGAGCGAAUGCUUGUGUUUCACUUUAAAGCGCUUCAGUUUUCAGUUUUAAAUGCACAGUAUUGAUCCAGCAUUCGUCAUUAAGGGUCUCUGGUAACAUCUCUGAGCAGUCAAAUUUGCUGCGUUUCCUACAUACUUGUUACAGCAUUGUGUGCAUAUCACAUGGGCUCUGUCUUCUGAUCCGUCCGAAAUACUUCCACACCACUGAUUUAUUCCCAAGAGGCGAGUGAAUGUCUUUAUUAUCUCUUUCUCCGCUGCUAGCCAUUACCUGUUAUCCGCACUUUCCAGUGCUGUUACUCGUGGAUGGGCAGAAACUGUCAUAACCAACCACUUUCAAAAUGAAGGCGUAAGGUUAAAAUAGCCAUGGAUAUCGAUGUUUAUACUUUGAAUUGAUUUUACCGAAUCAUUGCUCAAACAAUUAAUAUAUCGAUCCCGAAUGAUGAAUCGUUACACCGCUAACAUCCCGUCAGACUCUUGAUCAUCAAGCUAAAGCCGUAGAAAGAUACCAAUUCAUCAGGGCGAUUAACGGCAAUUUUUGGUGAUAAACAUAAAAAUAUUUUGUUGUUUUGCAUUUGAUGCUGCUUUGUUUUUUUUAACUCAUUAGGGCCCAUAAAGGUUGAGAGAUCACCUUUAAAACGUUACAAAACGUAAAAUAAGUUAGCACCUGUAGGUUGUUGUAACGUACCUCACAACUAUUAAGCUAGUAACCAUGCGUAUGUGAUAUAAGACAUCCAUACUAACAUCGAUUUUCAUGCACUUUUUUGUUUUGGUGUUGGUAGAUUCAUUUUAUUUUAAAUUCAAGGAAACGGAGUAAAAUUAGGCAACAAAACACAUUCCCUCCGGAUAUUCAGAGUCGCUGCUCUUUACAACUCAUCUAUGGUCAGAUCUGGUUUUGCCCCUUUGUUUCAUGACACUCAACCGUACUUUCAUAUUUUCCUGUUCUCUUUAAAGCAGAUAUGACUUUAAUGAUGGUUGAAAUAUUUCUUUCAUCCAAAUUGCUUUAAAGCACGAUUUUAAAAAAAAGUUAAUGGUGCUGUGGUGACAUAACAAGUGGGCAGGCGUCAUCUCAUUGUAAUUAAUCAAAAAAAAAAAAAAAGCAAACAGCAGAUCUGUGAGAGCAUGUUGACCCUUCAAAACAUGACAGUGUUUCAUUUCAUCCAAGACUUGAAAUUGGUGAUGAUGGUAUCCUGCUGCUCUCAUUGCCUCCAUUAUUCACUUGGAAGGAUAAUAGUAAUUGCUUAAUGUGCUGUGAAAAAUGGUAAAUGGUUGCUCGACAUAGAAAGAAUGUGGGUCCAAAGCUUGAGUGAGAACGGGCGGGGAACCUGUUGAAAAACUGAGGUGAGGAUUAGAAAGAAUGUUUGAACUUUAUUGAUGAUUUUGGCUCAUUUUACUGUUUUAUCUAAAUGAUUGGACAAUAUAAAACAUUAGAAGUCAUGUGGCUUUUGGUCCAACAGGGUUUUUAUUUGUGAGAAAUGAAUUAAGUUUAGUGAACGCAGAUACUGAUUAACCAUAGCACAUAAUUCGACAGUGAGUUCUUUAUUUUUCCUGUUGGUUUUAUGGUUGUGUGUUUGGUACAUGAUUAAAUAAAAGCUAUUCUUUCUGUAAUCUCAGACCUAAAUGUGUCGUUUAUAGCUUACCGAGUAUGCUUUUAUUUACAACCAAUGGAUUCUAGAUUGUCAAAAAAAAAUACAUUAUGUCCGGAAUAAAUUUGAUAACGUUGCCGUGGUUUUUAAAUUUUCGGUAUUAAAAUUAUGGAAAAGGUGCGUUAAAUUGAGCCCACUCUAAUUAAAAUAAAACAAGUUCCACCAUUCACAGCACUUGUAGUUUUUUCCUCUUUUUUAGAUUUUUUGGGUUUUUUUUGUCAUUGUUGCUAAGACAAGCUGAGAUAGACCAGGAUCUCUUCCCUCAAAAUUAUCUACCUGAAGUUUACCUGUCAGAUGAGGAAGGUGGUGGAUUUGGGUAGAUGAGUCUCGGGAGGCUGAACAUAAAAUGAAGUGUAAUGUGUAAACUUUACAGCAUGAUUGGGACCCAGCAACCCAGUCUGAUGUUGUAAUGAAACUUUUUACAUUUAUAUCAAUGCUAUUUGCAAACAGAUGGCUGUGCAGACAUCUAGGAUGUGAUCACCUUCCAUCCUGGAUGUUUUUAUCAAUCAAGUCACGUGUCACUCUUCUGGGUUCACGUGAUAUAGAAGACCCCCGCCCUCCAGCUUGUUGCAGACUUCCCCGAACAUUUCCUGCUGUGUUCACGCUUCAGUUCAACCUAACCUCAUGCAGAAGUUUUAAUAGAGGUCUAGUGGUUGAAAGUUUGCGUAAUAUUUUGCGUAGUUUGUGUCCACUCUGAUAAUUUCUGGAAUUUUGCAGUAGCUCUGUGCAUGUGUGAAUUUCUUUUGAAAAUGUUGCAGGCUAAUUUUCUGCCAAUCAACUAUUCAACCAGUUGCUGUUGUUCUUUAGUCAGUUUUUCAUGCUGCAAAUGGUCACCCAUUUCUUGGCAAAAUGAUCACAUGCUUUCUUCAGUCCUUUAAUUACAAAAAGGGGAUGAGUGUGUUUGAAAUCACUGUCCACCACACUUCCAGGGCAGCAACACUGCACACUCUACAUAACGUUUACAUACGGUCCAUAAGCCGAAGUGUAGGAGCCCGUCUGCUGCUGAAAUACUCAUCAGCAUGCCUUUAAAGCGCCACUGAUGACACUUGGUAUUAAAAUGUCAAAUUACCCUCCACUCACACCAAAGUGAUUUUAGUUGUGAUUAUGCACUAUUUCCCUCCUGUCAACAGCAGAAGAAAAAAAAAAAUCAAAAAAUGUGCUAAUUGGUCAUGGGAAUGGUGGGAGACUUCAGUAUUUUAUGUCUUUGACUUCCAAAUGAGUUUGGGAAAGAGGAGGCUGUCACUCUGGCACUGAGGUUUUUGGGGAGGAGGAGUAGUAGUGGGAGGAGGAGGAGAAGGAGGAGGAGGAGGAGGAGGAGGAGGAGGGGCGGCUGCUGGCACAGGCUCAAAUUGAAAUGAUGCACUGUUCCCCCUCACUGCAGCUAGAGCUCACAGUAAUUAAAUGCCUCAUUGUUGCUUCUUGGGAAUUUGUAUUGAAUAUUUCAUCCAGCGUAAUGAUUAUUUGGGUGUGGGUGGGACGUGAAUGUAAUCACCUUGGCUGGCUCUUUGAUGAAAUACUUGGUUUGGCGGUUGUGCUUUAUUGCCAUUUUAAGUGCCCUUCUGGGUUUUUACUUUACUUAAUGUCCAUGUUUUAUUCCUCUCUGCUGUCAUCCAGCUCUGGUCAUGGUUUCAUUAAUAAUUUCCUUCAAAAUCUUUGAAUAAAUUUAGUGUUUUCUCUUUAAUACUGACGUCAACUAAUAAUGUCAACCCAAAACCUUUGAACUCAAACUUCUCCUUCACAUUUUGUCUCCUGCAGAGGACGCCGGUCAACAACGGGGAAGCUUUCAGGUGGUUCUUUUAGAGAGACGAGCCAUGGCCGCCCCAUCCAGCAGCAGCAGCAGCAGCAGCAGCAGCAGCAGCAGGAGGAGGGCAGGUGGGACUCUUGACUCUCUGCGAGAGAGUCUCGAUGGGUUCACAGAACUCAGUGCGCCCAAAACAUUUGUGGAGGAUGAGAAAAGAAAAGCAGAUGGACAAAAAGAGAAAUGAAACAUAACGGUGUUGUUUUAACUCUGUAACUUCCUUUUCUGUGUAAUUAUUGUACCUUUUGACAGUAUCAUAAUGUAUAUUUUUGGUGUCUAUGAAUGUGUUUUCAGUGUUGUGGCUGUAGGUUUACAGCCAAUCCUCUGUAAAGGACUCUAACAGACAAUCAUACCAAUUUCACCGAAUCCGUCAAAGAGAAGAGGCCACAAGGAUUGACGACAUUACAAACACAACACACUUUCCCCUUGAGCAAUAACCUAUUCUGUUCAUCACACUUAAUCCUUUUAUUUCUGUUUACUCUCGAAUAGUUUGAUCAUUUUCUGGAUUUUUGAUUUCUGUUCCAGUUUAAAACUUUGUUCCAAAACACCCUGCUAAUGUCGAGACCGGAGCCGAAGUGGACCUGCCAUGUUUCUGUGGCAGACAUGUCAACAUGUUUCUCCAACUCAGUGGACUCACAGCCAAACAGGGCACAUUGUCUUGUGUGGUGAGUCGCACUUCUGCUAAAACCAAACUGGGUGUCUUUUUAUCAUGACAGCAGCGGAGGUUUACGAGUCCGAUUUCUCUCUGGAGGUCAUAAUCCAAAAGAUUUUUCAAGUUAGUGUUGUCAGUUCAAAACUUUGGUCAUCAAACCUUCACAUCUGUUUUUCAGUUUUCUUUCUUUCAAUUGAAAUUUCUAAAGGCUGUAACUGUCUAAAAGGUAGAGAGUAAUGCCAGUAAAGGAAAUGUAUGUUAUGUUGAAAACUGUCAAAUUAAAACUUGAUUACAACACACCAAACUAUUCGACAUAUCAGAUGUUGUUCUGGAGCUAAAGGAUAGUCUGGACUUGAACAGCAGUGCUGUCUCCUAAAAAGAAACACAUUCCAAAACAAAAUUAUUCAAUAAGUUACUCAUUGUCUUAAACCCUAUUGUUGCAUGUGUAAAUGUGUUUUGGUUUUCAAAGAUUACUAAGAAUUUGUAUAUUGUUGUUGUGAUGCUUUUAUGUGUUGAAAUAAAAAAAAAUGACUUCAGUAAAAGACACGUCUCGACGGUAAAUGUCUGAUGAGAGGACGGGAAAAUUAGCCACUAAGAAAAAGAAGGAAAAAGAAGGUUGAUCAUUUAUGAUCACCUGAUAAUAGAGUACUUCUCUUCUUUUUUUUUUUUCUUCUUGCUGCGAAACAUCAACAGAAAUAACAUCCAGGAGGAGACGGGAUGAAUAUAACAGCACUGGUUGCCUCCCCAGUCACGUAUCCCCUUGAAUACUAAAAUGUUGCACGGAGAAGAGUGGUUCCCAGAGGCAGCAGACUUUAAAGGACUAGUGAAAUCCCAUGUGGUUUGUCAUGCUGGAAUGCACUUGGGGUACAGGAGGGAAAGCAAGACAAGGAAGGAUGGUGGAUUUUGGGGAGUGGGGGGCUGGGACCAGACAGGCUCCUGAGAUAGGCUGAGAUAGGCUGAGCUGAACUGAGCGAUUGCCGGUCUCUGGGUUUCACGGGUAGAGCAGGGUUGGGGGAGUAGUUAUGGAGGGAAAUAGAGGACAGAGGAGGCACAUUUGGGUGGUAGCUGAGGUGGGGUGGGGAGUAGGGGGGGUGAUGCUGAGGAGAACGAGCUGAGAAGGAGGAAAUCAUCCGGGACCGACUUCUCCCCUCACUGAGCACACUUGCCAUCACCCAAAUUGAGCUGCUGACUGGUUAGGGCCAGCCGGAAAGACAACUCAGAGUGCUCGGUAGUGGCGGCGUUAGCUGCUAUGUGGCAUCUGAGACGCCCAAUCCCCCCCUCGCUGGUCAUCAGAGGUUGAUAACGUGCAUCAGGGUGCUCUGCUCGCUCACUCCCUGGCCAGUGAGAUUAAAUAACAUCAGAGACAGCUCUCUCUAAUCCCCCUUCCACCGCCCACUCCCGGCUCUGGAACUGGGAUUUAAAGUCCUCAGGCCCUGAUGGUAAUGUUCAGUUUUCUGCUUCAGAGAGGCACAGACAGAGGCUGAGGAUGUUGUAGAGCCAUAUAAGCAAGAUACCAGGAUGGUGAAGAUAUACAUAUAUGAUAUAUAGACGGCAUAUUUAUAUGAAUCUUAAGGUUCAAGGUUGAAGCAAACUUAGUUUUACGGGCAUUUACUGUAAGAAUCAGUAAAUAUUAGGGAUUAUUUAUUUAAUGGACUUUUGAGGAGAGUAGCUCACAAUUUUGGUGAAGUGCUCCUGUUUACUAUUUCCCUGAGGCCAGACAUACACUGUCCAAACCAUAGACUCUAUCUACAAUGGACAACUUGGUUCCACCUUCUGCCAAUUUACGAAUUUGAAGCCGAAAAGCUCUUGGUAAUUCGCAUUUUUUUCUGCGCAGUACCAUUGUACGCAUUUGACAGGAGAGUCGUCGGGAGAGUUGAUGUGAUGACGCUCGGCUCAAACAGCGUAUCUCCUUGGUGAGCUACACAAUCUUCGUACGCCCAUAGGCUGUAUCAGGUGUCAAUUAUAGAAAACACGAACCCCCUAAUAACUUUUAAAAAUUGAGCUGUACAGAAAAAAAAGGACUUGAGCACAAACCAGUUUUACAAUAACUACAUGUCAACAUCGCAACCAGGGGGGAGAAAAUUUUAUAUUCUGUGUAAUUAAUUUCAAAAGUUUGUCCACAGCUCCAUAGGGAUUGCUGGAGGAGGUGGGAUUUAUGACCUGUACUGCAGCCCGUCACCAGAGGGUGCUGUUCUCGGAGUGGCUUCACCCAGCGAGGAGGCAGACGGCGUCCAUUCUAUAUACAGUCUAUGGUCAGGCUGAAUUACACCUUGAUUGCAUGCUGUUUCUAGAGCUGUUUACACCAGGGUACAAGAACUGAUAAAGGCUCGAUCUGCCACUUCGGACCAGUCAGAUGAAUUCCUGGCAUGUCAGAAAUUUAGGACAACCGACCACACAGUCUCCCAGUAAAACCAGAGCAACCAGCCCUGAAGCCAAACUUCAGGGUUUUUUUCCCCUCAUGGCACCUGUGUGAAGUGACAGAGAGCAUAUGAAAGCCCACAUGAAAGCCAACAUCAUGCACAAAUGUAAGUGAAAAAUGGGGCCUGAGUAGCGUAUCAUGGAUGGAACUUUAGCCUGAAUGCUUGCUCCAAAGUCGUCCUACCAAACCCUCCUGUGAUGCCACUCUAACAAGGU